AUGCGGAUGUUGAUCCCUCUGUUUUUGAUCAUUGGAUCUGGAGGUGUUGGCGCAGCCCUGUAUCUCAUGCGCUUGGCUAUGUUCAACCCUGAUGUCAGCUGGGACAAGAAAAAUAAUCCAGAACCUUGGAACAAGCUGUCUCCCAGCGACCAGUACAAGUUCUACUCGGUUAAUGUAGACUACAGUAGACUGAAAAAGGACCGUCCAGACUUCUGAACAACACGUUCAUCUCUGUAGGCUGCACAGAAAGGUCUUCCGGAAGCCGUCCGCACAAUUGUCAUGCUUAAUCAUCCAGGAAAUAAUCAAACUUGCCUCAUGCUGCACUAGGUCAUGUGUUUGAAAGUGUUUGGAUGAGGCUAAAUAAAUGUCUGAAACUUGAA